AGUGGAGGGUGCUGUACGUCAUCCUGACCAGCUUCAUGCUCAUGGUCUUCAUCCUGUCUGUCAGCUGGACCUUCAUCUGCUGCUGCAAGAGGAGGAGACAAACCAAAGUGAGGAAGAAAACCAAAUACACCAUCCUGGACAACAUGGACGAGCAGGAGAGGGUGGAGCUCAGACCCAAAUUCAGUAUCAAACACCGCAGCACGGAGCACAACUCCAGCCUGAUGAUGUCAGAGUCGGAGCUGGACAGCGACCAGGACACCAUUUUUAGCCGGGACCGACCCGUCCGCAGCAGGAACCGGAUCAGCGCUCAGGCCGCCCGCAACGGAAACGCCUUCGGCUGACCGGAUGGAGCGCGACUCCCUCGGUGACGCAGACGGGACUCGUCUGGGACGUUUUGCACUCUGACAGCCGCGAGUGGCAGCGAGAGAUUUAACUUCUUAAAGUUUGAAGAUGGACUUCAUUACCCAGAAAUCCUGUUUCUGUGAAGUUAAAAUGAACCAGUGUCCCAUUUCAGGGUCAAACUCCUUCAGCAGGACACGAGGACUUAAGGCCCCGAGGACAAACCUGGGACUCCUCUCACAGGACAAAAAGGGCUGAAGCAUCCGUGUUUGGGAAAAAAAAACAUGAAAUAUUUGGAACAUUCUUAAUCUUAAAACAACUAAGAACGAUUAUUUCCAUUAUCAAUCAAUCUUCCCAUU